UCUCAGUAAUACUAUUACUUCUAGCAUUUGACUAAAUGCUUGUCUCUAAGUGAUGGCAAUAACAAAAAACAAUCAUUAUUCAUUAUUUUCGUUUGUUUAAAAAAUAAUUGUUUAUGACAAGUUUAUACACAUAACCCAGCCUCGCGUCAAUUUCAUUCAACAGACAGUCUCUUCGAGCCCGUUAAGGUACUACCUUUAUUAUCAAAGAACAGUAUAAAUUGUAAUUAAACUGAGGUUGAUAUGAUGUCAGGUUCAAAUGACGAAAUUGUUAGAAACGAGAGAGUAAAACGGCCAAUGAAUGCCUUCAUAUUGUGGUCACGUGAGCGACGAAGAGAGUUGGCAAAUGACGACCCAAAUAUGCACAACUUUGAAAUCAGCAAGAGAUUGGGGAUUGAAUGGAAUCGUUUGGAAGCAAAAGAAAAGAAACAUUUUUACGACGAAGCCCAGAAACUUAAAGAAGAACAUCGAAAAAAUCACCCAAAUUAUAAAUAUCACCCUAAACGAAAACCCCGUCGGCGAUUCAGUCCCAUUUCCCCAUCACAACAGUACAGAAUGGCGUAUUAUGUACCCGUAGACAAAUCUAACACAACGUAUCCAGUAAGCUACCACCCAAAAGUUCCCUGGCUCAAUAAAAAUCUUUUAACUAACAUCGACGCGACUUACGUACAAGACAUGAGAUAUUACCCACAAUCCCACUUUCUCAUGAAUACAAACAUGGCCACCGGAUACGGGUUUCAUGAGAUGACGUCAUCAAUGACAGGUGCAAGUCCCAUAAUAGAGAUGAUAUGUAGUUACAGCCCUGGCGAGUUGAAGAAAAGACAACUGUUGAAUCCAACAUCCCAUUCUACAAAUAACAAAACAAAACAAGGUGAAACUGAAGAAAAGAAGAAAAGUGCCAAGCCACAAAUUUAUUUCCACGAUGUGAGAUCCACUCAAGCUUUCUGUGUUGGUUGUCAAGGAGGAAGAGCCAUGUUUUACAAUGGAACUUGCCCAACAACACAAGAGCAUUUACAAUUGUGAUAAUUAUCAAAAUCAUUAAUUCAGAAAAGCUCAAUCUAUUUUCAAUAUGUUGCCAGUAUUGCAAUAAACGAUUAUAGGAAAGCGUUUUGUAUUUCUGUAAUGACAAAACUUUUGAACUAAUCUAUUUAUAUUUCAAGCAAUCAGUUCAAUGCACAACACAGAUAAUUUGCAUGUUUUUAAUUAUAACUACCAUGAAAUUUGAAAUCCUAUUGCGAGCAUAAGAGGAUAAAGUAUUGACGCUUGCAGCUGCUCUUUCGUUUAUUUCGCAUUUUGGAAAACAAAGCCGACAAAAGGUUAGUCGUUAAAUAUUACAAUUCGCACAAAAUAUAGAACUUUCAGACAGCAGGUAUAAAUAGGAUAGGCGAUAAAAAUAACAUGUAUAAAAUAUUGAUUGUUAUUGAACAACAAAAUUUUUAGAUCAUAUCUGCGAUAACUCUUACUAACAAACUUCUGAACAAAGAAUUAAAUAUUGCGAGAAAGGGCUGCUUUUCCUCAUGUA